UAUGUUUGUUCUUUUAAGCGUAAAUUACUAAUCGGGCAUAUUUAAGGUGCUGGACUGAUUUCCGGUCGCGGAUAGGAGGGAAAGUCUCGCGAGACCGGUGCGGCUUCCUCUUUGCACGGAAUCCUCUUCCAAGAUGUCCCUGGUCAUCCCUGAGAAGUUCCAGCACAUUCUUCGUGUUCUUAACACAAACAUCGAUGGUAGAAGGAAGAUUGCCUUUGCCAUCACUGCCAUCAAGGGUGUUGGCAGAAGAUAUGCUCAUGUUGUCCUGAGGAAGGCAGAUAUCGACCUCAACAAGAGGGCUGGAGAGCUAAGUGAGGAGGAGGUUGAGAGAGUGGUGACCAUCAUGCAGAAUCCUCGUCAGUACAAAAUCCCAGACUGGUUCCUCAACAGGCAGAAGGAUGUGAAAGACGGCAAAUACAGCCAGGUCCUCGCCAACGGUCUGGACAACAAACUGAGAGAAGAUCUGGAGAGGCUGAAGAAGAUCAGGGCUCACCGUGGUCUGAGGCACUUCUGGGGACUGCGUGUGCGUGGUCAGCACACAAAGACCACUGGCCGCCGUGGUCGCACUGUCGGUGUGUCCAAGAAGAAGUAAAGUCCCCUGCUUCCCGUUUCAAUAAAGCACCACAGUUCACAA